CCAAACCGAAGUGUUCUUAAAGGUGGAAUUAGGAACAUUCAGCAUUUACUGUCGCAGUCUUCCUACAACGUAUCUCCCAUAAAAUGCCUCCCAAAAGGACAAUGCCAGCCUACCCGACAUAUUAUGUUUCUAAAAGUGCAUAAAUGUGGUUCAUCUACCAUGGCCGAAUUGUUACUUCGAUCUUCACGCAAAUAUAGGUUAAGACCUCUUCGUCCUAAAAACAAGACAUUUUUUUACCCAUGGACAUCUACAUUGGAUAUGAUCCGUAGGAAAAUAACCGUGAACGACGCCAAAUAUGACCCGAAAAAAACGUAUGAUAUCAUUUUCAAACACAUGUUUUUUGACUCCAAGGUCAUAGAAACCAUGAUGCCAAAUGAUACGUUUUAUAUCGGUAUAGUUCGCGAACCAUUUUCCCAUUUUAAAAGCGCCUUCAAUUAUUAUCAUAUUGCGGAAUUUUUCAAUAUGAAAAACUCCACGAACCCUAUCGUGGAAUUUAUGGAAAAUCCAUACAAGUAUUGGAGCGACGACUAUGUCACAAGCCACGUUGGGUUCGUUAGAAACGGCAUGAUGUAUGAGUACGGAUUCCCAGAUGAUAGAACUGAUCUCAGGAACGACGACAGAUUUAUUGCUGAAUACAUCGGGUUCUUGGAACAGAAAUUCGAUUUUGUAAUCGUCUUAGAAAUGUUUGAUGAAAGUUUGGUGUUACUACGCCGCUUGCUAUGCUGGGACAUGGACGACAUCUUAUAUGUUGUAAGAAAGAAAAAGGAAUAUGAAUACAAAAACGUGAACGAUGAAAUGACUAUGAAGAAACAUAGGAUGUGGAGCAAAGCUGACUAUCAAUUAUAUAACCACUUCCUUUCCAAGUUACGGAACACUGUUUUGUCGCAAGGGUCGGACUUUGAGCGUGAGGUUUCGCUCCUCCGUCAAGCAGUCGCGGUGCUCAGCAAAUGCACUGGGGGUAAUUUUAAACAUUUAACGGAUUGUAAAAACGAACUUGGCAAUCAAAUGUCGGGCAUAUAUUCCCGCUGUUAAAUCUUCCGCAAGGCCUGGACAACCAAGGUGUCGAAAAAUCAUGGAAAUACAUAAAAUGGAAAUUGUGUGGCGGUCUAGUUGUUAAAGACUGGGGUUAAUACAAUAAUGUAUAAUUUUAAACUGUUCAGAUUUUUUUCGUGGAUUAUUUUUAUUACUCACGCUAGGUGGGCUUGUAGUGAUGAGGGCUGGCUUAUUUCUGUUAUUUAAAGUGUUUAUUAUAGUGCUUGUCAUCAAAUGGUGUUGUUUAUAUGAAAU